AAAAUAAAAUAUAACAUGACGUUGUUAGGUACUGCACUGUCUAUCAGUGUGAUUAGGGUUACACUUACCCAUUUACGCGCGCCUUCUUUCUCCAACCGGGCGAGUCGACUCAGCUCCAACUCAAUGAGUCAAUCCGCCGCCACCGCCGACCCCAACGCUAUUGCGACAACGAAUGACGCGCCGUCGCAGCCUGAAAACGCGGAUGUUGUGGUGCAGUACGUGGUGCUCCGGCGAGACCUGAUCGACACUUGGCCGCUAGGGAGCGUGGUCACUCAAGGUUGUCACGCUUCUGUUUCGGCCGUUUGGUCCAACAAAGAAGAUCCUUUCACCGUUGAUUAUUGCAGCCCCGAUAAAAUUGAUUCCAUGCACAAAGUUACACUUGAAGUAAAGGGAGAACCCCAGAUCAAAAACUUGUCUGAGAAGCUUACAGCUGGUGGGAUUAUUCACAAACUGUGGAUUGAACAACCUGAAAACAUACCUACGUGCCUUGCCACAAAACCUUACCCCAAGUCAAGCGUUUCUUCGUAUUUUAAGAAGUUGAAACUCUGUUAUCCAAAAGAGCAGUUUCCCAUGCAUGUAAGUGCUGCAUUCUCUAAGGUCUCUCAAAAAUUGCAAAUAUCUCAUUGACACCAUUUUACUGCUUUUGUCAACAAACAUCACCCCUCCUAUGAAUCUUAAGAUCCAAGAAUGAGCAAAUCUUUCAAGCCCUUGUUGGUUGUCUGUAAAAUCAUGAAUAUUUGCAAAUUGAGAAACUAGCCAACUCAAUAAAAGUGAGUUCUCAUCAACUGCAUCAUCGGAAACAUCUUGAAGUGUAAUAGUUGUCUCCUCACACUCCAAAUGAAAUGUAUGUGUUUCUGGCCUCCACUUUUCAAUAAAAGCAUUAACUAAUGCUUCAUUUACUUUCACCUAUGUCAAUUUCAUUAUCGGGUACAAACCCGAAACUUGUAAUAGAGGAAUAAUACUUCUGUAUGAUUGUACA